UGUGGUCCGUCACUCACCUGGAGGAGUCCUUGAACACUGUGUUGGACUGCCCACUCCAAGUUCAAACCGCCUCAAGGCAUCACAAAUCCAUUCACCGUGUUGGACUGAGAUUAUAGCGGAAACAUGUUUGUAUCAGUCACGACUGUCAUCACUCUGCUUGGCUUCUGUUCGCUGCAUCCUACUUCUGGACAGGACUGUUCAAGCAGACUGGAAAUGCAAGGAUCCCUGAAACAGAUCCAGAAACUUCUCUCAGCUCAUGAAGCCUCUUACUUGCAGAGCCUGCGCAACCUAAAGAAGAAAAUAAACCUACUGCAGAGUAGCACAGGGAAGCACUCCGUGAGAACCAUAAACAGUACUUGCCCAAAACUGGAUGUGCCAAACAAUGGGAGGAAACUGGGCAAAUCACACAGCGUGGGCCAUGAGGUUCACUUUUUGUGUGACCCUGGCUUCGAACUUGUAGGAACAGAGAGCAGAAUUUGUCAGGAAAGUCUGAGCUGGAGCGGCCAGCAAUCAAUAUGCAGAGAAGUCAACGAGUGUGCGUCCAUCCCAUGCCUGAAUGGUGGAACGUGUUUGGAUGAAGUGAACCAGUUUUCUUGCAUCUGUCCUAAAGGCUGGGCUGGAGAAACCUGCCAAAGCCAUGUGCCAACAUUCUUCGCCACCGUUACAAACACCUCCGCUGCCACGUCCCCAGCCUCUGCCGCCACCACUGCUACACUGGCAGCUGACACCGCUGGGUCCUUUGUGCGUCCAUCACGCUGCAACACUGUGCAGGGGACCACUCACUGCACUUGUGAGCCAGGAUAUACCAUCGCCGGCAGAGACAGCACCACCUGCACCGAUAUCGAUGAAUGUGAGCUGUUUCAUAAUGGACAAGCUGGGAGACUCUGUUUACACACGUGCGUCAACACUGCUGGAGGUUAUCGGUGCACCUGUCCUGCUGGAUAUAAUGUGACCCGCGAUGGACGCAGUUGUAAAGACAUUGAUGAGUGUGCCACCAGACAGAGUAACUGCAGCAGGGAGCAGACAUGCAUUAAUACAUAUGGAGGAUUCCAGUGCGUUCGUGUGGACUGUCCAAAAAAUCCUCACGCCACUUACGUCAAAACAUCACCGAUGCGGUGUGAGCGUAAUCCCUGCCCUGUGGAUAACAAGCUGUGUUCUCAGGCUCCAAAUUCUUUCUCCUACCAUUACCUGGCUGUCGUAUCCAACCUGUCAGCUCCCCGUGUCAUGUUCCGGGUUUCAGCGUUGCGCCCGAUAGGUGACACGCUUCGCUUCUCUCUGCUUGGUGGGAAGCAAGUUCGGCGCCAUUUCACAGUCCAGCGUUCGGAUCGGCUGACAGGUCAGCUGAUGCUAAGCAGCCCAGUGCAGGGCCCUGCCACUCUGGAGGCUGAGGUGGAGAUGAGUGAGCUGGAGAGACGAGUCCAGCUUGGCAGGUACAUAACAAAAGUCACCAUGUUUGUUUCUCCAUAUGAGUUUUAAAACAAAAAGUUGUUAAGAGUCCAAAAUUAGACCGUGAAUGGUUAUUAACACAAAUAUAAACCGGCAAACUGCCUUUCACGUUGUUAACAAUACAGCUGUUCUUGCACUGCCGCAUGGAAUAGAAGACAUCUAUACAUUGCUGCAGAAAUGUAUUUUUUUAACAGAUUCAGAGAAACAUAUUCAUUGUGUAGUCCAUGUAAAUUUAAUUUUCAAUCACCUUAUUAAAUUCCAUCAGAAUUAAGCAAUGUAUUUUGUAUUGUAAACUGUGAUUCCAGGGUGCCGUGGCACAUUAGUGUGCAGCCUGUGAGAGAUCAUUAGUGCAUGUGGGAAUUCAUCAAUUUCACCUAAUUUGUCCCAAAAAUAUUGAAAUAAUUACAAAUACAUGUGUGUUUAUCUAUCUAUGCCAGCGAUGUAUAGUGAUAGGUGGAACAAUUAAAUGCUCUUGGGUGGCAGAGGGUUUCAUAAACCUGUGUUUCCACCAGUAGCCAGUCAUGCAACAGAAGAAAAGCUUUGUGUUAAGUUACUGGUGAACUGGCCCGGACUUCACACUCAGUGCAGUAAGUCCUUUUGUGAGUGCAUUGUGACGGGAUCGUCAUUAGUUCAGUAUAUAUACUUUUUGUGACGUUUUUGUCUGGUGGUGUGUCGUGAGAUUUUUCUCAUGUAAAAUGGGUGCCUUGGCUCAAUAAAGGUUGGGAAAAGCUAUUAUAGACAUUAUUGUCAGAUGAGUUCACCGAUCAAAGCACUCGUCCUUCGAACCCUGAAGCAGGUUGCAGCAGAUGUGAUAUCACAAAUGCUUUAGAUUCUGAUGUAUGUAUUAAAAUGUGAACAUUGUAUCUCUCCCCAAUAAAAAAAAACAACAAC